CUGAAAGGAAAGGAACAUCUGCGUGCGUUGAACCUGAGGAGAAUAUAGUAAACAUGGAUUUCGUCGAUCGCUUCACAAGCGGCUCGGCAGCACAGCGCUUCUCUCCGGACACCCUGUUCAAGUUCACUGACCUGACCGUACCUGUUCAGAAGCACCUUGAGAAGGUCUAUCUGACCCUGUCAGCUGCUCUGCUGAUCGCGGCUGUUGGCACGUAUGUGAACAUCCUGACAGGGCUGGGAGGGUUUGUGGCUGCCAUCGGUUUCGUCGUUUGCGCCACAUGGCUGACAAUGACCGAGCCUAACGCCUACAAUCUGAACAAGCGGUAUGCUCUGCUGGCCGGCGCAGCCUUCAGCCAGGGCUUGACUCUUGGGCCCCUGAUCAGCAUGGUCUUGGCAGUGCACCCCGGCAUCCUCUUCACAGCUUUCUUGGCCACGGCUGCAUCCUUUGCCUGCUUCUCAGGCGCUGCGAUGCUGUCGCGCCGGCGCAGCUGGCUGUACCUGUCAGGCACGCUCUCCAGCGCCAUGUCCAUCAUGCUGGUCAUGCGCCUGGCCACCUGGAUGUUUGGCGGCCGCGCGCUGGCCUUCCAACUGGAGCUCUACGGGGGCCUGGCCGUCUUCCUGGGCUACAUCCUGCUCGACACCCAGGUGAUCAUUGAGAAGGCGUACCAGGGCAACAAGGACCACAUCCGCGGCGCGCUGGACUUGUUUGUGGACUUCAUGGCCAUCUUUGUGCGCCUGCUGGUUAUCCUGAUGCAGAACGCUGAGAAGAAGGAGGAACGCCGCGAGCGCAAGCGCCGCUAGUCAUCCUUUGUCGUCUCAAGCUAGCGAUGACGGAGCCCGGUUGGUUACCAGCUGAUGGGAUGGAUGGCUCCGGGGGAUAUCUUGUGCGCUUGAGCGGAAGGAGUCCUGUGUGACAGCCCCCGAGUUUGGUUUCGUACAUGAGAGCAUGUGAGGUGUUGUUUUUGUAUCCUUAGUGCUCUGUCUUUGACAGAUGCAAGGCAAGUCAUCUGUACCUCCAAAUGUAUAUUCUGAAUUGAACUGAGUUCAAAGCUGGGACUCGCGUGAUCAUUUGCCUGUCCAGCCAAGUGGGUUUUCCAAAGUGUUUAUGUAAGGAUUGUACCUGCAA